GCUAAUUGCGAAAAGUUUAAUUAAACAUAACCUGCGAACAAUCUCCGCGUGCCGUUAAAAUCGCGUAAUUUUUUCAGCGCGAGAACCUCUCGUCCUCGGACGAGAUUGUCCCGAGAGCACAGCAUCUGAUCGCGCUUUGACUAACGUAUUACGGGAAGCCAUCUUUCCUCGGUGUCCGCCUCUCUUAUCCGGUGUACUGUAAUCGCACGCGGUCGAGGUUGAUACCGUCUAGGACACGGGAUCUGGGAUUUCGAAGCCCUCGGCGAGCCUUCGCUACCCUCCGGUGUUUAUGGUGCAGCUGUAGCCGCGACUACACGAAGAAGUCAUGGCGCGAUACGGGCAGCGACCCGAGAACGCCCUAAAACGGGCGAACGAAUUUAUUGAAGUGGGCAAAUCAGCUCGAGCAUUAGAUACAUUACAAGAAGUCUUCCGUAAUAAAAAAUGGACAUACAAUUGGUCAGAAUCUGUAUUGGAACCUAUAAUGUUCAAGUAUCUGGACCUCUGUGUAGAAUUGAAGAAAUCACACAUAGCAAAGGAAGGUUUAUUCCAAUACAGAAAUAUGUUCCAAUCUGUCAAUGUCGGGAGUUUGGAGAAUGUAAUACGUGGCUAUUUGAGAAUGGCUGAAGAAAAGACAAAUGCAGCACGCAAACAGAGUCAGCAAGCUGUAAUCGAUAUUGACGAUCUUGAUAAUCUUGCUACACCCGAAAGCAUUUUACUGUCUGCUGUUAGUGGAGAGGACGCGCAAGACAGAAGCGAUCGUACUAUUUUGACGCCCUGGGUAAAGUUCUUAUGGGAAUCGUACUGCCAAUGUUUGGAGUUGCUCAGAACUAAUGCGCAUGUAGAAACUCUUUAUCAUGAUAUUGCACGUAUGGCCUUCCAGUUUUGUCUCGAGUAUAAUCGUAAGACUGAGUUUCGUAAAUUAUGCGAAAAAUUACGAAAACAUCUUGAGGAGAUAUGUAAACUGCCGCCACUUGUGUCGAAUGUUUCUAUGAAUAAAGCAGAGACGCAACAGUUAAAUCUAGAGACCAGAUUAAAUCAGUUAGACUCUGCAAUACAAAUGGAAUUGUGGCAGGAAGCCUUUAAAUCUUCGGAAGAUGUACAUGGUAUGAUGAAUUUAUCGAAGAAACUUCCUGUACCAAAAACGAUGGCUAAUUACUAUCAGAAGCUCGCUAUGGUCUUUUGGAAGGCUGGAAAUUAUCUAUUUCACGCGGCUGCGUUAUUCAAACUUUUGCAACUCUCUCGUGAAAUGAAGAAGAACAUGUCUUCGGAGGAACAGCAACGAAUGGCCAACCGUGUAUUAUUGGCAACUUUAUCGAUACCGUUGCCAUCUGCGCAUCCAGAAUUUGAUCGCUUCAUAGAAACAGAUAAAAGUCCAUUGGAAAAGGCUCAAAAACUCGCGACUCUUUUGGGCCUCUCACAACCACCAACACGCGUUUCUCUGUUGAAAGAUAUCGUUCGUUUAAACGUUGUCAGUCUCGCGUCACCGCAAUUGCAAGAAUUGUAUUCGUGGUUAGAGGUAGAAUUCCAUCCAUUGGAGCUUUGUAGCAGAGUCGAUUCUGUUAUUCAGACAUUGCAGGCAGACGAAAACAGCCCCUUAAUUCAAUAUAUCCCAGCUCUACAAGAUGUGACACUUGUACGUCUUGUUCAUCAAAUCUCCCAAGUCUAUCAAACUAUACAAUUCUCCAGACUUCUAGAACUCGCUCAAUUCACCACUGAUUUUCAUCUGGAGCGUCUUUUGGUGGAUUGCGUGCGCUACAAUGAUAUGCAGAUCAGAAUAGACCACGGCAAGACAUGUGUUCACUUUGGAGUGGAUCUCUCAGAGGCACAACGAGAAGAUCAUCCAGAUGGUCCAGUGCUACAAGCGAUGCCCUCCGAACAAAUACGCUGCCAGUUGGUGAACAUGGCAACCGUGUUGCACCGUGCCAUUAAUGUAAUAAAUCCCAAUAAAAAGAAACUCGAACGAGAGAAGCUACGUAACGCGAUGGUCGGUCACUAUCACGAGACCAAAAUGAAGGAACACCAGAGAAUAUUGGGCAGGCAUAAGAUCAUCGAGGAGCGAAAGGAGUACAUCGAGCACAUCAAUACGGUCCGCGAGGAAGAGGAAAUGCGUCGACAAGAGGAACUCCAGCGGCAACAGAUGCUAGCUGAACAGAAACGGUUGGAGCAGGAGCGCGAGGAACGCGAACGGAAACGUCAGCAGAGUGAGAUUCAGCAAAUCAAGGAUCGUCAUCUCAAGGAAAAGAUGCAACAGAUUUCACAAACGAGUCACGGGCAGAAGGUGCUUAAGAAACUGGACGAGGAUGAAAUCAAGAAACUAGAUGCGGAGCAGAUCGCGGCGCGGGAAGCCGAAGAAUUGCAAAAGGAACGUAGAGAGAUGCAGCAGAAACUCAAAUCCCAGGAGAAGAAAGUCGAUUAUCUGGAACGUGCUAAACGACUCGAGGAGAUCCCGUUGUUGGAGAAAGCUGUACAGGAAAGAAUGCAACAAGCGAAACAGCUCUGGAAACAGCAGGAAGAUGAGCGAAUUGCUGCGGCUAUCGAAGAGAGGCAGGAGGCUGUCGCGACUCAGGAACGUCUGGAACGCAUGAAGGAAGAUCACGAUAUUUUCUUAGCUAAGAUCUUGGCUGAACGUAGAAGCAUACAUCUGGAAAAGCUAAAGGAGUUUGAGAAAUUAUUGAACGAGGAACGUGUUAAGCGGUUGCAAAAACGUAAAAUGGAGCGUAAGGCAGAACGUAAAACGAAAUGGGAAAAGGAACGUGCAGAAGCUGCGGAACGAAGACGAUUGGAAGAAUUGCGCAUCAAACAGGAAGAAGAGAAGAAACGCUUGGAGGAGGAAAGGGCCAAGAGGGAAGAGGAGGAGAGAGUUAGACGGGCCGAAGAAGAAGCCAGGGAAGCCGAACGUUUGGCGAAACUUAAGAAACAAGCUGAAAUUAUCAGAGCCAAGGAAGCAGAGAUCGAACGUAAAUUAGAAGAGGAACGUCAAAGAGAUAAAGAACUGGUAUCAACAUGGCGACGUCCAGAAAGAGGCGAUAAUGAUCGUGAACGUGAGCGUGAUCGUGAUCGUGAUCGUGAACGCGAUCGUGAGCGCGAUCGUGAACGCGAUCGUGAACGCGAGGGUCCAAAAUCCACAAUGGAAUCAUGGCGACGCAACGCUGAUAAGGAAUCCGACGGACUCAAAAACGAAUCGGACCGUUGGAGGAAACGCGAUGAGAAAAUUGAGGAUUCUUCGUGGAAGAAAAGGGAACCAGAACGACGCGACAUGGAUAAAUGGAGAAGAGGCGACGAUUCUGACAGAUGGAAAAAAGACACAGCGGAUAAAUGGAGAAAAGAUGACAACUACGACAGAGACGAUUCAGAAAAAAGAGAUCGAGAUAGAUUGGACAACCGUGGUUUUGAGAAAAGAGAGGAUCGCGAUCGUGACCGCGACCGUGGAGUGGAUGGACGUGGAGUACGCGAAAUUUCACGUGAUACGAUACGCGAUGAUCGAGAACGAAGCGGUAGAGUAUCUGAUCGUCGUGGCGGUUAUCGCGAUCGUCGUGAGGAGCCCGGCAGAGAAUCGCGAAACACCAAUCAAGAUUGGCGAAAACGCGACCCGCCUCAAGAGGCUCCUAGAGACCCAGCAGUCUCUAAUAAGCGCGAACGAGAUGAUAGACCUCCGCCAAGAGCCGACGAUAGAAGACGACCACUCGAAGACGAUGGUUGGUCAAAAGUCAGUCGGCGCUAACAUCGGAUUCACGGAUAAUUCUAUAUGUUUAUUAUCUAAGAAUCCACAUUAUAUGUGGGUGGAGUUUUUAUUAGAUACGAAAAUAAAUACUCUAUCCAAUUCUA